ACCUAGAAAAUUUAGUGAUUUAUUGUUCAAUGGUUAAUUGUUAUACACUACAAUAAACAUAAUUUCUAGCGUCAGAGUACUUCGUCGCUAAAAACCUAUAAAACUAUUGUUGAAGGUUUCUGUGAUGAAGUUUAUCGUCGCCAAAGGAAACCCCAAUUCGUCAUAGUAAUGCGUCGCAAAAAUUUAUAUGCGACGAAUUUAUGCCUUUAUCGCUAAUGAUGUAGUCGUCGCUGAAAGUAUAUGUUUCGUCGCGUGGGAAAUAUUCGCGACGAAUUGUGUCGCAAUCUUACUUUCAGCGACCAAAAUAUCUGUAGCAAAUCAUCCUUCUGCGACAAAACUGCUCCAAGCGAAGCGAAGGGUAUCCUUCAGCGACCACCACUUCCAUCGCUAGCCACAAAUUAAUUGCAACACCCUAGACCGGCUGGUCAUUAAAUUUACCAAAAUUCCCUUGAGAAUCAAAAUAAAUCAUUUGUCUUGAAAAGGGAGAAACAACGGAAAAUCAUCCACAACCAAAAUCCAAAUCUCAAACAGAAAUAAUCCUUGUCAAUUCAACACAAACGAGCAUCUGUCUGGAGUCUACUAAUAAGGAAUUCAUAAAGAAAAAGGAGUUCUUAUAAAGCUUUCUCGGCCACUAACCCUUCUGACGACAUCCUGAGCAGCAAUGGUGUCCCAGCGGUUGGUUUACGUGUUCCUGCUCUCUAGUAACUCCUGAGUGCGGGUGUAGGGUCAGUCCUAGGUGAAACUUAUCUUAACAAUAAUAGCUACUCAACAACUUCAAAGAAAUAAAUACGUGAACAUGCAUGGUUAAGUAAUUUCAUUAACUUGCUUAGAGGGGCCCCGUGCUCAGCCUAACCAGCGCAACUGACCGACCACCUGAACGCGACAUGACAUGGACCUCCAUCACUAUGGGAGGUGAAGUACGUGGUAAACAUGGACCUCUUCACUAUGGGAGGUGAGGUAACCGCACACUAGCUAGGCAUCCAACUGGUACCUAAACGUGAACUUGGACUCCUUUUUCUAAAGGAGUGGAUAAAUACAUGGACUUCCUCACUCUUGGAAGUGAGGUGGUAGCGUGCAUAGCUAGUUAGGUGAGCAUCUAAACGUGUUCUUGCUUACAUAACGUGAUACAUGAACUUGUCUAUUUGUAUAAUAACUUGAAACUUAAACGUGGAAAGUUUGUAAAACAUACACAAUCGAAUGCAUAAAGUAACAUGACAUAACUUGAACAUUAAAUCUAGCCCCCUUCAACCACGCACCUUAAUAGAUUAGGUCGUUUGACAACUCACGAUAGGUGCUACCAAAGUCGACCUGCCUGUAACCUAUGGCGGAAAGUCGGAGUUAGAUCGGCGAGAUUUUUAGGUUCUAGCGACGGCUUCCAUGACUUGGGACUACCUCGCAAAUAUUGCGAGGUAAGGGCUUGCUAAUCCAUUAUUAAUUGAGAGCUUGCACAUUGUAGGAUCUAGAUGGAGAGAACGAUCCAGACAUUGGAGGAUUUAUUGAGAGCUUGCAAAUUGCAGAUGAAGGGAUCAUGGGAUAAGUACCUUCCUCUACUGGAAUUUGCUUAUAACAACCAUUACCACAGUUCUCUCAAGGUGGCACCAUACGAGGCCUUGUAUGGGAGGAAGUGUAGAUCUCCUCUAUAUUGGAACAAGGAAGGAUUGAGGUAGGUAGAAGGUCCUGAACUGGUACAGGAUAUAAUGGACAAGGUGAAGUGGAUACAGGAGAACAUGAAAAUUGCCCAGGAUCGGCAGAAGAGCUAUGCAGAUAAGCCAGGGGAGGAGAGGACUCAUCUAGUAGGAGAUAAGGUGUUCCUGAAAGUGUCUCCAUGGAAGGGAGUUAUGCGUUUUGGCAAGAAGGGCAAGUUGAGCCCUAGAUACAUCGGGUCAUACAAAGUGCUGGAGCGAGUGGGCCCUUUGGCUUAUACAUUGGUACUACCUCCAAACUUGUCCAAGAUCCAUAAUGUCUUCCAUGUUAGUAUGCUCAAGGGGUACAGAUCAGAUCCCAUCGACAUUGUUAGGGUGGAAGAUAUCCAACUAGACAGUGAUAUGACCUACACUAAGGAACCGGUUGGGAUUAUUGACCGCCAGGAUAAGGAACUACGAAGGAAGAAGGUCCCUAUGGUGAAGGUGGUGUGGAGGAACUAAGGCACAUAAGCGGCUACCUGGGAGAUCGAGGAGGAUAUGAGGAAGAAAUAUCCAGAGUUAUUUCUUGAUAUACCGUUGUAAUCGAUAGAUUUCGCUAGCAUGUUACGAUAUCGACACUAAUAAGAGUGGAGACUCAGA